AAUACUUCUAGGCACGAAGACAUCAGAGAAGCCAUGCUGUCCCUGGUCCACAUGAUCCGGAUGUCAGAAGACAAACUGGAACGACAUGAAUUCAGAGAGAGGACUCUUGGAGACCAGCUGAAGAAAAUGCUGAUCGGGCUUGACAAGAAACACAGAGCUCUGGAACCAUUGAAAGGGAUGAUCUCAAGACUUGACGACCGUCUGUCUAACGUGGAAACUAUACUUCUACAGAGAGAAGAACGUGAAAAGUCAUCCCAAGCGAAAAUAAAUGAAGCACUAGAAGGCAUACAGAAGGCGCUGGUGGCGUUAGCACCUGCUCCUCCUCCACCGAUAGACCUGGACAACAACCUGUCUGCCAACGACGACGCUAUUCAACGGAGGCUAGACACCACUGACGCUAAGAUCGACGCUGUCAAGAAGGAAAUCAAAACUCUGAAAAACACUUUAAAUCCGGAGACAUUCCGUUCGAUGUGCUUAGAAGCAGCUUCCGACACAAAUCCAUUUGAGAAGCACAUAUCAGAAGCUGAGAAACUUCUAAACAAAUAUGAAACGAAACUCAGUGAGUACAAUGGAACCAAAGUGCAGACCGACUUCGUACCACUGAACGAAGUGUCGCUAGCUGACGAGGCGUGGCACAGCAAGAUGAGUGAAGUGAUGGAGCGCCAAGAAAAGGAAAUAAAGAAGAUCCAGCAGUUGUUGUCUGACGCGGAGAGCAUGUGGAAGGACCUCCCGCGACUGGCCGACAUCAACCGCGCCACCAACCAGACCAUUGACACCGUCACCAAGGCCACGGAGACCAUGCUUAUUAACAAUGAAAUGGGUAAGAAAUGUCAUCCCCACGUCUGUUAUCGGGACUUUAGUAGUCCCACUAUUCGUUAUUCUAUAAAAGCAAAAAUUAAUUAUGACCGUUAUUAUUUGAAAAUAGAAACGUGGAUUUGUUAG